GCAAGCACAUCAGAUGUCACUGUUUGGCAGCUGAUAAAAGUCAGUGGUGCUAUAAUACUAAGCACAGAGCCACUAGAUUAGUCUGUGAGGGAAGGAGAUGCCUCUUCCUUCCCUUCAAUAGUGGGUUAAACCCAGCUGGCACCCUCUGGAACUACGGGAACAAUAUUCUUCAAGAGAAGCUCACUCUACCACAGCCAGGAGUACAGUAUUCUCAGGAUCUCAACGAGGAAGAGCAGACCAAGGUUGCUUCUGAUUCCUUGCAACCUUCCAUAAUUCCAGGCUUGUGGCUCCAAAGUCAGGGCCCCACCCUUCCAGGAACAAAUCAUUACAGUAAUAACGUGCCUUCAUCUUCCACAUACCAACUAAGCAUGUUUAACUACGAACGUCCAAAACACUUCAUCCAGUCUCAAAGCCCAUGUAGCUCCAGACUGCAGCCUCCUGGACCAGAAACCUCCAGCUUCUCUAGCCAGACCAAACAGUCUUCCAUUAUCAUCCAGCCCCGCCAGUGUACAGAACAAAGAUUUUCUGCCUCCUCAACAGUGAGCUCUCACAUCACCAUGUCCUCCCCUGCUUUCCCUGCUUCUCCUCAGCAGCCUGCUGGCUCCAACCCAGGUCAAAGGGUUACAACCACCUAUAACCAGUCCCCAGCCAGCUUCCUCAGCUCCAUAUUACCAUCACAGCCUGAUUAUAAUAGCAGUAAAAUCCCUUCCACUAUGGAUUCCAACUAUCGACAGUCCUCAGCUGGCCAACCUGUAAAUGCUAAUCCAUCCCAAACUGCAAAUGCUAAGCCCACACCAAGAACUCCUGAUUAUGAAAUACAAGGAUCAAAAGAAGCUUUGAUUCAAGAUUUGGAAAGAAAGCUGAAAUGCAAAGACACCCUUCUUCAUAAUGGAAAUCAACGGCUAACAUAUGAAGAGAAGAUGGCUCGCAGAUUGCUAGGACCACAGAACGCGGCUGCUGUGUUUCACGCUCAAGAUGACAGUGAUACACAAGACUCACAGCAACACAACUCAGAACAUGCACGACUGCAAGUUCCUACAUCACAAGUAAGAAGUAGAUCAUCCUCAAGGGGAACUGUGAAUGAUCAAGAUGCAAUCCAGGAGAAGUUUUACCCACCACGUUUCAUUCAAGUACCAGAGAACAUGUCGAUUGAUGAAGGAAGAUUCUGCAGAAUGGACUUCAAAGUGAGUGGACUGCCAGCUCCUGAUGUGUCAUGGUAUCUAAAUGGAAGACCAGUUCAAUCAGAUGAUUUGCACAAAAUGAUAGUGUCUGAGAAGGGUCUUCAUUCACUCAUCUUUGAAGUAGUCAGAGCUUCAGAUGCAGGAGACUAUGUAUGUGUUGCCAAGAAUAGAGCAGGAGAAGCCACCUUUACUGUGCAGCUGGAUGUCCUUGCAAAAGAACAUAAAAGAGCACCAAUGUUUAUCUACAAACCACAGAGCAAAAAAGUUUUAGAGGGAGACUCAGUGAAACUAGAAUGCCAGAUCUCUGCUAUACCUCCACCAAAGCUUUUCUGGAAAAGAAAUAAUGAAAUGGUACAAUUCAACACUGACCGAAUAAGCUUAUAUCAAGAUAACACUGGAAGAGUUACUUUACUGAUAAAAGAUGUAAACAAGAAAGAUGCUGGGUGGUAUACUGUGUCAGCAGUUAAUGAAGCUGGAGUGACCACAUGUAACACAAGAUUAGACGUUACAGCACGUCCAAACCAAACUCUUCCAGCUCCUAAGCAGUUACGGGUUCGACCAACCUUCAGCAAAUAUUUAGCACUUAACGGGAAAGGUUUGGAUGUGAAACAAGCUUUUAACCCAGAAGGAGAGUUUCAGCGUUUGGCAGCUCAAUCUGGACUCUAUGAAAGCGAAGAACUUUAGUAACUUUACCAACACUGGAAAACAGCCAACUAUAUACCAUUAGUAAUAUAUUUGAUUACAUUUUUUGAAAUUAAUCCAUAGCUGUAUUAACAGAUUAUGGUUUUAAUUAGGUAAUAUAGUUAAUAUAUAUUUAUAAUAUUAUUUAUCCUUUGACUCUUGCACAUUCUAUCUACUCUUCUGAUUUGUGAAGCCUACAGAAAAUCUGGGUAUAUGGAUUUUUAACUGUAGAAGAUGAUCUUAAAAUGCAGGAUUUUAACAUUUAAGUCAUACACAUUUAACAAUUACAGUUCAUAAAUUAAUAUCAAUUUUUAAACACAUCUAAUACUUGUAAUAAGGUUUCCUGGUACUGCUUUCUAAACACUGUUUUACCUGUUUUCUCUUGUAGGAAUACUAACACGGUAUAGAUUAUCUGAGUGUUCCACAGUUUUAUGUCAAAAGAGAAUAAAAUUCAAUUAUUUAAAAC